AUGGGUGCCUUAAAUAAAAUAAUUGUGAUUUUUUCCGUAAUUGUGUCAAUAAAUUCACUACCAUUAAGAACUCGAGUCGAUACAGUGACCUUUACAAGUGGCGAUGUAAUUAACCCGAUAGGCUUUCAAGAUAAUAUCAAUAUUAGUAACGAUGAUAAAAAUUCCACGGAAACUGAAGAAGAAAGUUCGGAAGUCGAUUAUAUAAACCCCGGAAACAGUAGCGAAAGUUUGGAAGACGACUAUGAAUUAGUUAAUGACGUGAAAUACGAUCAUGGAGUUGCAAUUACAAAGAAUCAGGACUUUACACUUUUUAACCAAAUAAGAGACGGAAUGGUUGUCACUAGCUACGAAGUUACACUGGAACCAAGACUGAAUGACGGAACAUUUAACGGGGUAGCUAUUCUUAGAGUGCAAGUCCAAUUAGCUACAGCUGAAGAUCCUUUGAUAUUCCACUUUGAAGAUCUAAGCAUAGACUCUGUCCUGCUGGCUGCAGGAGCUGGGUCUAAUUUUGGAGCCCCUGACGAUAUAGUGGUAGACGACGGUCUACUGGAAAUUAAUACUGGCCAUGAUGCAACAUUAUAUACUAUUGAGAUACGCUAUAGAGGAUCUUUGUCACGAGCCGGCAUCGGACUGUAUAGUGGAAGUUAUGAAACUGAUACUUACGUGGCGAUGAAUUUACAUCCCACCAACGCGCGCCGAGUCUUCCCUUGCAUCGAUGAGCCAAAUGUUCACACUACCAUAUCUUUCAAUUUUGCUGGCAUAAACAACUAUCAACAUGUAAUAGCUAAUUCCAUUUUAGUUGAUCCACGCCCCCAAAAUGAAAUACACUUCACGCCAAUGUCGGGUGUACCGCAUCUAUGGGGGAUGGUUGCACAUAAUAUGAAUGCUCUAAGUUUUCCAAUUGCAAAUGUUGCUCUGUACGCUCGGCCUGGUCGUAGCAAUCAGGAUUCUCAAGCCAGUGUGGCAAUUAGUAACUUCUUUAGUUCUUUUAACACAUGGACGGGUAAAGAUCAUGACGAAAUUGUCGCUAACCAAGAUGGAAGAUUACAUAUAAUGGCGAUGCCAGAUGUUGAUAGGGAUUGGUACGCUUUGUCAACAAUUUGUAUUUGGGAGCCCUAUGUUUUAAUGGAAACUGGAGCAUCUGUUAUCCAAAGAAAAACUGGGCUUGUUAAACUAUCAGAAGCUAUAUCCAGACAAUGGUUCGGAUAUGUUAUGGUACCAGAUAAUUGGAGAUAUCAAUGGGUUGUCGCGGGACUGGGAAGUUACGCUGCGAAUCGCAUUGUUAGAGAUUUUCAAACAAACCCUAGUGGGGUAGAUGAUACAUUGAUAGAUAUGAACGCUGUAUUUGUAAGCGAUGUUAUACAAGAAAGCUUACUAAAUGACGGGUAUAGGGCUGCAAUACCAUUGGAAGCGGCAGAAGAUAUAUUUGAUGAAGACCAAAUACGAGAGAAUAUUAACGGAUUAGUUAAAACAAAAGCCCCUGCAAUCCUUCACAUGUUAAGUUUGACUCUAUCCAAAGAUCCUGAAAAGGAUCACAUCAAAGACGCUGCAUCAGCACUUCUUCAAACUGACGCCCUAUCAAACAUAAACUCUCGAAACUUCUACGAUACAGUAAAGGGGUUCUGGGAUGGUGAGCCAAACAAAUUGAUUGAUAAUGUUUUAGACUUCAUGGAAUCCUGGACUUUGGAAAAUAAUUAUCCUAUUAUCCGAGUUGGUUUGCAACAAACUGGUGUUUUUGUGUCGCAGGAACGAUUCGGAUAUUCUUCAAGGCCAAGAACGGUUUACAUGGUACCACUAACUUACACAAGUAGUGUCAAUCCAAACUUUGAUAACAUUUAUCCUGUGAUGGUUAUGGAAUCUACAGUAAGCAUAGAUAUAGUUCUAGAUGAAGAAGACUGGGUGCUGUUUAAUAUUCAAGGACAAGGUUAUUACCGUGUGAAUUACGAAAAUGAACUGUGGGAAAGAAUUAUUGAAGCUUUAGAAGAUCCCGAAAGAAGGGCAAUCAUUCAUCCUAUCAACCGAGCAACGUUAGUUGACGACGCCCUGAACUUAGCGCGAGCUGGUAAGGUGGAUUACGAUAUAGCGUUCAGAGUGGUUUUGACUAUGGAGCAUGAAACCGAAUACGUGGUGUGGAAGGCGUUCAUUAGAAGCAUGGACUUCUUGAGAACUCGUCUCUUGGCGUACGUUGAUGGUGAUGACGAUUUGGAUCCUGCUAUUUAUCGCAGAAUGGUGAGAAGGUCAAUCGUGACGUUGGAAAAUGAGCUAGGUUUCACACCCGAAGUAAACAUUAAUGAGCCAGCUAUGACGUCACUAGUCCGCGGCCUGGUGAUGCGCCAUGCCUGCGUAGUUGGCUAUCAGCCCUGCAUCGCUGCUGCUAUUGACUGGUUCAGGGAUCCGAAUAAUAAGGAUGCUGUGAACCCCAACAUUCCAGCCGACCUGCGUCCUGCAGUAUUUUGUGCCAAUGUCAUGUCUGGUGGUGAGGAAGAGAGAAGCCUUUUGUUUGAAUAUAUGGAAACUGUCAACAAUGCCCACGAACGAGUGGUCAUUUUAGAAUCCUUGGCUUGUUCGCAGGACAACAAUUUCAUUCAGUCAUUGCUAGACCAGACCAUUGCUGCCAAUAGUCCCUACAGUACUGAAGAAAGAUCCAGAAUAUUUAAAUCGGUUGUUUCGUCUACUGGUCCCCAAAAUGUCCGCGUUGCUUUGAACUUCCUCACUCUAAGAACUAUAGAAAUAAGAAAUAUGUAUGGAGGCCCUGACAAACUGGAAGAAGUUUUGCACGUAGUCGCCAAAAACUUAGGUGACAGGGAUAUGGUUAAUGAUUUCACCAACUGGGUUAAGUCACGAUUCAGCGAAUUGGAUGACUCCGAGACAUCAGCGGAAAGGGCAGUAGAAGAAUUGCAAGAAGAUCUUAUUUGGACCACUCUAUAUUUAAAUAAUGUAUAUGAGUGGAUAGACGAAAAUGACGCUCAUACAAUGAUGGUGUCAGUACUACUGAUCGCCUUGGGACUUCUCGUCUCAUUAUUUAAUCAAUAUUAAUUGGAUAGUUUUGUUUAAUCAUUAUAACAUUAUGUUAGUCUAACUAUUACGCAAUUAUAAAUUAUAUUUUCUUUUUGUUAUGAUAAUGUUAAUAAUUUUAGGUGUUAUUUAGGUUUAUUGGGGUCUAUUUUUUAUUCUUAUUUUUGAUAGAUUUAAGGAGUUUAACAUGUAAGGAUAUUUUAAAGUUGGAAUGAUUGGGUAGUUUGAUGAAACAUAAUACUAUAAUUUUGUAUAGUUUUAAUGUUUUGAGGCUGAAAUCUAAUUCACAAUGCUAUGACUUCAUUUGGAUUGUAAAAAUUAUGGAACUAAAUUUCAUAAUUUUAUUUAAUUACAAUAUUUAACUGGAAGUUCUUAUCAGAAAAAUAUAAAGCAAAUGAGUAAAGGCAAAUAUUGUGAAUUAGAAAUAAGCAAAACUAUGAACGGUCACAUCUUGUUACAGAGUUGUAACUUGAUUGUUUGAUUCUUAUAGGCGUAUUUUUAAAUCAUUUAUUAUUUUUAUGCUAUUUAACGUUAUUCAUUAAUCUAUUGUAUGUUAAAACACGUCAAUAUUGCACAAAGUGAACUUUUUUGUCUUAAUUUAACAUUAUUAUUAUUUUUAUUUGUAAUUAAUUG